AUGAUUGACUUUGGCAAACAAAAUAAAUUGGGACGUCUAGUCACUACAAGAAAACAAGGCUCUUUCUUACGGAUUUUCCGACGUAUAGACGAAUUGACGGAGAAAAACGGAGGUGUGGAACCUGAUUUUGUAGAAGUCAUUGAGGAUACACACACCAACAAGAAAACAGGAAAAAUUCAAGAUGGUUACAUCGCAGGCCUCGUUGAGACGUUGAAGAAAAGGAAGACGGAGUGCCUCACGCAGCUUUCUCAAAAUGAUGAUGGUUCCUCAUCAUCCAAUGUCUUAGUCCGAGAAAAGAUCAACCGCAUGGUUCUUGAGGAAAUUCCGUUAAAGCGGGGUCGUGUGGUGGGCUUAGGUAGCCUAAACCAAAGCAACGGAUGA